UCUGAGUUUCGGUAAAUAGUAGGCUUCGCUUCUCUUCGCAUGAUUUCUCAUUUCCAUCCUCCAAAACCCGCCACAAAAGCCACCAAUGUCGUUCCCCUUCUGCCUCCUCCGCCGUGUUUACUCCACUGCUGUGGCCAACCCCUCAAGUGCCUCCGUCAAGGCCAUCUCUGAAGAUCUGUUCAAAGAGCGUAACCUCAAAAGACUCGUGGAAAAGUUCAAGCAACACUCCAACUCGGACCGCUUUCGGACGAAAAUCGGCGUCUAUGAGAACACAGUUCGACGCUUGGCCUCUGCCAAACACUACAAGUGGAUCGAAGAGAUUCUGGAGUACCAGAAACAGUUCAAGAUCGACCUCUCUAAAGAAGGGUUUUCGGUUCGGCUUAUGUGUUUGUAUGGGAAAUCGGGCAUGUUUGAGCAUGCCCAGAAGGUGUUCGACGCAAUGCCUGAAUGGAAUUGCGAAAGAACUGUGAGAUCCGUGAAUGCCCUUUUGGGAGCUUGUGUUAAUUCGGGAAAGUUUGAUGAAAUUGAUGGGUUGUUUAAGGAGUUACCAGAGAAGUUGAAAGUUAAGCCGGACACGGUUUCAUAUAAUACAGUGAUCAAAGGGUUGUCUGAGAUGGGUGCGCUGGAUAAGAGCAUUUCGAUGGUUGAUGAGAUGGAAAAGAAUGGGUUAAAGCCUGACUUGAUUACCUUUAACACGAUUCUUGAUGCAUUGUACUCAAACAGUAAGUUUGAUGAUGGUGAAAAAAUGUGGAGUCGAAUGGUGUCAAAUAAUGUGGUUCCAGAUAUUAGGACAUACAAUGCACGGCUUACUGGGUUGGUUAGUCAGGGUAGGAUUGUAGAGGCCGUUGACUUGUUUGGCCAAUUAGGAAUUAAGGAAAUAAAGGUAGAUGUUUUUAGCUAUUGUGCCUUGCUUAACGGUUACUGUAAAGAAGGCAAUUUAGAGGAGGUGAAGAGGUGGUACAGGGAGCUCGUUGCUAAUGAGUGUGUUCCAAAUAAAGUAGUAUACUGGACUGUCGUUUCAUUUGCUUGUGAGAAGGGUGACUAUGAUUGGGCUUUUCAGCUUUGCCAGGAUAUUUUCAAGAGGAAGUGUAUUGUUGGCAUAAUCUUGUUGCAGAGAGUUGUGGACGGUUUGGUAAAGGAAUCAAAGAUAGCUAAGGCUAAGCAGGUUGUGCAAAUGGGAAAGUCGAAUGGUUUCAAGCAAUACAUGCUGAAAUUGCCAUCAGAGGAGUAGAGCGGUAGUGAAGGUUCGCUUGUUGGCUGUCCGUGCCUUUAUUCUGUUUUGCUGGCUGAACAAUGUCAUGUCAUGGCAGUCGAAGGAAUGUUGGCAGUAUUGUUUCACAAGUCUGAAGCUUUACUAAUAUGCUACAACCUAUGUUUGUUUGCAUCUGUAAAAGACUCUCAGUUCCAAUAGACCAGUUUUCUUGCUUCUUUUCCUUUCUUAA